UCGAGAGAAUGAGAAACCUGAAGCAAAGCAACAGGUUUCUUACUGGAACACUCUUUCUUUGCCUAAUUGAUGUUCUUUCCUACUGACUUGCUUCCAAGUAUCUUAGACUGCAGACCUAAAUAGAAAAGAACUCGGAGGAAUACCAGCUGGAGGCUGAGGGAGCAGCUUUUAAUUUAAACAAGGCAGAGGGAAAUCGGAGGAUUUCAUACAGGUGCUACAUAAUUUGGAUUCGGCAGGGGGGAAUAGCUGACCUGUCGCGGGCAGUGGAGGGCUCCCCUCCCUGCCCUCCCAGACUAUCCGCACCCCCAGCAGCAUGUCCCAGUCUCUGAGGCUGCCUCUAGUCCUCCACACAGCACACUACCAUGAUCAGAUGUGCUGCUGGAGGGAGUAAGGCUGCCUCGUGCUGCUCCAGGACUGAUUUUGGAGCUCAUUCUUACUCUUGGACCGGCCACUGGUUGAGGACCGCCACGCUGUUUCCCUCGUGGUCUCUGCCUCUCCUGCUAGCCCUGGUAGCUCUCGCCUUCACCCUUCCUGGAGGAGACUGCCAUCAGCUCAGGAGAGACAGACUGAGGCUCACCUUACCGGGAAGCCACAGGGCACCGCUGAACAUUUCGGAAAGCGUCCCCAAGCCCGGGGCCACCGGGAGCCCGCCGGGUCGGACUGGGGUACCGCAGGGUCGGCAUGUGCGCAGUUACAACCAUCUCCAAGGAGACAUACGGAGGAGGAAGCUGUUCUCUUUCCAGAAGUUUUUCCUGAGGAUCGACAAGAAUGGAAGGGUCAAUGGAACCAAGAGCAAGGAUGAUCCUCUCAGUAUUCUGGAAAUUACAUCGGUGGACGUGGGGGUGGUGGCAAUCAAAGGGCUGAACAGCAACUACUAUCUGGCAAUCAGCAGGAAGGGAGAGCUGUACGGAGCGAGGCAGUUUGGCAUUGACUGCGCGCUGAAGGAGCGCAUUGAGGAGAACGGCUACAACACGUACGCUUCAGCCGAGUGGAAGAACAAGAAGCGGCAGAUGUUUGUGGGUCUGAACAUCCACGGGAGGCCCGUGCGAGGGAAGAGAACGCGCAGGAAAAACACGGCCACGCACUUCCUUCCGAUCAUGGCCUGAGCCCGCCGGAAUCGAGGACAAAUGGCAGCACUGGCGAAGAUCGGCGCUCUCGCUUGAAGUGAAGACUCUCAGUAAGGAAUCUUGGAACUAAAGCACUAACAAUGACAAAACAACCGGGUUCAUGAACUUCAUUUUCGAGAGAAGAGUGAGUAUAUGUUUGGCGUGACACAGGAUGCAAUAUUUAUCCUGUCUGUGCCAACUGGGCGUGAAAUGGCAAAUAUAGAGAUGACAAGUGUAGUAUGUCCUGUUUAUCAUUAAACACUAGAGAACAGAAUGAAGAAAACCAUCACUUACUUAAGACCUGUAUUUUGUCUGUACUGUACUGAUUUAUUUAUUUCGUGAUUAUUUAACUGAAAGGGGAACAC